CCUCCACGGGUCUGGUUGUCGAGGUAAAACAGCCUCUCGAAGCCGUGAAGUCAAGCCGUCCGCUUCGGAAUUCUGUUUAUAAUAUAUUCCAUUCCUGGGAAGGAUUUUUUUCCGCCGCUUCAUGUGUGCUGGGGAAAUUAUCGGCUCAAAGUCGUUGGAAAGGAACAGCAGCUCGUGCUUGAUCAGCACGUUUCUGGCAUCUCCAAGCCCCGUGGGCAUCUUUUAGAGCCGGUGAAGCCACACAGGCUGAGGAGAGGAGGGGAGAGAGAAGUUCCCUGCAGAAAGGCAUCAUGGACGCGACUCCACAAGAGGUUCUGCACCAGGGAUGCAUAACAAUCUCGGGAUAUGGGGCAGUGCCAGAAUGUGGCUCGCUCAGUUCAGGGAGUAAUGAAACAACUGAUUGGAACAGUGGCAGCUCAGAGACGAACCGCUCCAGUGACUCAUCUGUGGACUCCUGCCAGUUCUCCCCUCGGCCUCCCUACCGCGCGACAACUCAAGGAGCCUCUGCCGACCCUUGCAAGAUUCAGGUCCCCUCAGAAGGCAAGAGCGACACGGGCCGUCAGGUUGGGAAGUUGCGAAUACGCCACCCAGGCCGGGAGAGGCAGAACGCCAGCGAGAGGGAGAAGCUGAGGAUGAGGGGCCUGUCCAGGGCCCUUCACAACCUGCGGUCCUACCUGCCCCCGUCCGUGGCGCCCGCCGCUCAGAGCCUGACCAAGCUGGAGACCCUGCGGCUGACCAUCCGCUACAUCGCCCACCUGACGGAACUGCUGGCACUGAGCGAGGAGGGUCCGUCGGCAGGCAGAGACACAGAGGGCGUGCGCUGGGUGGGAUGCCCGCAAGGGUGGUGUCCAGGCAGUCAGAAUCCCCCACUGGAACAUCCGCCCUAUCCAGGAGUCUCGGUAAUGAACGGCAGGAGUGGGCUGGAGGCUGCUUUUCAGGAUAUCCCCCACAGUCAGAAUUUCACCACGAACAAUGUGAAUCUGCAGCUGGUCCCCUGGUUUCCAUGGCAACAUUAAAAUUUCCCCCAGGGCCUAACAUAUU